GAACUUGGGUGCUGCAGCCGCUUGCGUUUCUUCCUUGACCUCACCUCCCCAACCACCAACCUCUGGUCACCCUAGCAUCCGCCCAUCAUGACAGCCAUCCUCGAGCCGUUUGGUGUUCACAUCGAUGCGAGCAACUCCUUUGUGCAGGCUGCCGUUUAUGGCUUCUUGCUUGUCGGCAUUGCAUCCUUCGCAGCACCCAUUGUCAGCACUGUCCGGGUUCUCCUGAGCUUGUUCGUGCUCCCAGGAAAAUCGCUUAGCACCUUCGGACCCCGCGGUACCUGGGCACUCAUCACUGGGGCUUCAGACGGUAUUGGCAAGGAGUUCGCCCUCUCCCUUGCAGCAAAGGGCUACAACCUCAUCCUCGUCUCGCGCACGCAAUCGAAGCUCGACGCCCUCUCUGCCGACAUCACCUCCAAGUAUGGCCCCAAAAUCGCCGUCAAGACGCUGGCCAUGGACUUUGCGCUGAACAAGGAUGCCGACUACAACAACAUGAAGAAGCUCAUCGAAGGAUUGGAUGUUAGCAUACUGGUCAACAACGUCGGCUUGAGCCACAGCAUCCCCGUGCCAUUUGUCGAGACACCCAAGCAGGAAAUGAACGACAUCAUCAUGAUUAACUGUAUGGCUACGCUACGCGUCACGCAGCUUGUUACCCCCGGCAUGAUGUCUCGCAAGCGUGGCCUCGUCCUCACCAUGGCAUCCUUUGGCGGUUUCUUCCCCACGCCCCUCCUCGCAACCUACUCUGGCAGCAAGGCAUUCCUACAACAGUGGUCCACCGCGCUUGCUUCUGAGCUUGAGCCCCAUGGCGUAUACGUUCAGUGCGUCCAAUCCCACCUCGUCACCACCGCCAUGUCCAAAAUCCGUAAGACAUCCGCCCUUGUGCCGAACCCCAAGCAGUUCGUAAACGCCACACUGAGCAAGAUUGGAAGAAGUGGAGGUGCACAGGGUGUGGCUUUCACAAGUACGCCAUACUGGAGUCACGGACUCAUGCACUGGUUUCUUUCGCGCUUCUUGGGUGAGCGUUCGGAUACUGUAGUCAAGGUGAACAGGGGCAUGCACGAGAACAUCCGGAAACGCGCGCUUCGGAAGGCUGAGAGGGACGCCAAGAAGCAAUAAGAUGGCGCACAGCUAUCAACGUAGUACAACGUUGAACCCAUUGGAUAUAUUAUCUACACUUGCCUAUAUGUGCGCCCAUACAAAAAGUCCUUACCUUUGAUUCCCAUCACAAUUCACCUCACACGAGCCGAAGAACGAAGCCGCUACGAAGCGACAUGAGACGGCUCUCACCACCUUCCACCCCUCGUAUGUCGAUAUAAUGUAUAAACGCACAAAGGAACAGUUCUUCGUCAUUUUUAGUGGGCAUUGAUGGAAACUUGUGGAUAGUACCUUAAGUACACUACGCAUUCAAACAACCAAAAGCUUUGCGCCAUGCUAUAGCAUCAAGGAUAUAAUUACAACGCUUGCUCCGCCACUCAGAAUAGAAGACUCCGCAACUGGGUUCAUAUAAUCAUAAGAAAAUAGCCAACAACCCAAG